AUGGAAGCACUCAAAGCACGAUUCCCUGACUUGGCCUUCUGCCCCCUUCGGAAACCAACUGGGUUUGAUCCCGCUACGAUUCACUUACCCGUUGGCCACGUCAAAGCAGAAGGGCGGCGACCCUUCACCGUCGAGUCUGUCUUCGCCAGAGACGUGGAAGUACUGAUGCGUGACGGCAUCAAGAUCUACUGUGAUGUAUUUCGGCCCGCGAGCUCAAGCGACCCUGGUGGCCAGGUCCCUGCGAUUAUAGCAUGGAGCCCUUAUGGAAAAGACAGCAAGGGCCACUCGUACGAUCAUAUGGGACCUUUCCGCUGUGGGCUCAAGCUGGAUCAAACUUCUGGAUACGAAAAGUUCGAGGCUCCUGAUCCAGCCGACUGGUGUGCUAGAGGCUAUGCCGUCAUUAACCCUGACGCUCGAGGCGCUGGGUUCUCUGAAGGAGAUAUUGCCCAGUGGGGAGAUCAGGAAGCCUUUGACUUGCACGACCUUAUUGACUGGAUCAAUGUUGCUGCUCGAAACCCUCAUCCGGCUUUAAAGGCAAUUGCGCCGUGGGAGGCUGCGACUGACGGAUACAACGAUUUCAUGGCCCGGGGUGGCAUUCCCCGCAGCGGAUUCAUGAGAAUGUUGUAUCAGACAAUGACUGGUAACAGGGGAGCAGAAGACGGUGGUGCCAUGGUUGAGAAACGACCGCUCUUUGACGAGUACUGGGCGACCAAAGUCAUCCCAGUCGAAAAUAUUGACCUCCCAAUGUAUCUCACGGCAUCUUAUUCCACCUGUCUUCACUCUCGCGGGUCGUUUGAGACUUUCGCCAAGGCAAAGUCCACUCAAAAGUGGCUCCGGGUUCAUCAUACGCAAGAAUGGUACGACAUAUACCGCAAGAAGAAUAACGACGAGCUCCAGAAGUUUUUCGACAGGUAUUGCAAAGGAAUCUCGAAUGAUUGGGAGCAAACCCCAAGGCUUCGACUGUCCCUUCUUGGCUUUGACGGCAGUCCGGCAAAGACUAUCGUGGAGCGCGCUGAGGCUGCCUUUCCGGCCCCGGGAACCGAGUAUCGCAAAUUCUUCCUCGACGCUACGACUUUGUCGUUGUCACUCGAGAAACCAGCAGCUGAAUCAAACGCCAGUUAUGAAGCACAUCAUAUGACUGACUGCACAGACUUCAGCGUUCGUUUCCACGAGUAUACAGAGGUUUCUGGAUAUCCUGUAGUGAAGUUAUGGAUGUCGUGUGACGAUCAUGACGACAUGGACGUGAACAUACAGAUUCGGAAGAUUGACGCCAAUGGAAAACUACUUACCAGCCUCAAUUACCCAUGCCCUGUACCGGCCGAGGAGGUCGCCAAUACGAAUGUCGCCAAGUUUCUCGGUUGCGAUAGGAUGUUGAGGGCUAGCCAUCGAGCUUCGAAGGAGAUUGUAGACGGGCUCCCGAGGUAUAAGCACAACCAAUUAGAAAAGAUCCCCCCGGGAACUAUCAUAGAUCUUGAGAUUCCUCUAUGGCCUAUUGGUAUGGUCUUUGAAAGUGGUGAGGGAAUUGUUCUGAGGGUUGCUGGACAUGAGUUGCGACUACCAGAGCUUGAGGUUCUUCAGAAUAAGAAACCUACAGAUGAUAAUAUUGGGAGGCACCAAAUUCAUACAGGUAAACAGUGGGAUAGUUAUUUGCUAUUGCCUGUUAUUGCUAGCUGUAGAUAG